CCCUUAAUGGAGGUCUCUGCUGGAGGGGACCUGGCCCAGCCCCACACCGAUCACCUGGGUUGUGUUCAUUAGGCACCAAACGGACUGAAAGGGAUUACCUGGACUUGUCCAAUAAGAAACGCUCGGUUUCCUUUUCUGUUGCAAAGCGUUUUGCUACGGUGUGCCCUAAUGAAAACAUCCCUGGCGACGCCUCAACUCUAAAAGACGACGACAAUGAAGUCGCCUGACCCAAUUGUCUUCUGGAGCAUUACCAAUGGCAUUUUGGGUCAAAGUCUCAAAAACUGUCUACUUUGUGUUAGAUGAUGACAUUUAGCUAGAUAGUCAGCUAGCUAACUACAGCUACUGAAACAGAUUGUCGUUUUGUUAUGUUUUUGGGGAAGAACAUUGUUUGCAUCCAUCAGCUAGCUAGCUAGCUUUUUUUUACGACCAGCACUGUCUAGAGCUUGGGUAAGUGUGUCUGCACCUCGUGCAGCAGCGGCACGGGCGCCAGACACAACUUUACCAGCAUCAUAGCAUACAUAUUGGUGAAUCGUUGUGACAUAUGAAAUACGAGUGAUAGUGUAAUCAAUGUUUAAUAACUACGUCAAAAAUGAAAUGUUAAAUUAUUAUGUGACGUGCAGUCAUAUUCGGGUCCUGAUUGGUCAACAUGCUUAUUUGACACGUCAAAUAGUGUUAUUUGACAUGUAUCUUUUUUGACACUCAAAAGACCCAAACGGCGUUCCAUACUAUACAGUGUUUGUUUACAUUUACAAUGUUUACAAACAUUGGAGAAAACCAAGCUUAUAUUUUUGGUUCUCAUGGAGUGUGACAGUUUAUAAGUUAUAUUAUUUUAUAAGUUACCAUUUAUAUGUUAUAUUCUUCAAGAAUCAAUUGAUAUAUAAUUUAGUCCAAAAAUUGAUGUAGCAACUACAGAUGGACCCUUUUAAGUCUAUCAAAAGUGUGCGAGUUUGAGCAUAUGUCCAUUAGGCCUAUGGAUUUAUUUUAGCAGCAUGAAUUGGAUUUAGCAAUUAAAGCCCUACUUUUAUUCCAUAGGCUUGGAUCCGCACUAUGCAGCUGUUACAAGAGCGCAUUUUUCACUGGCUGUCCACAGGUUUCACAAUGAUUGAUAGGCAGCUUAAACUUCUUGAAUUCAACCAUUAUGGGUUCAGCUACACAUUUUAGAUUUGUGAACAGCCAUCCACAACAACCACAAUCUGUAAGGCGCAAAUAGCUAAAUGAGAAAGCAGCAGUGUGAUUCACAUCAAUGCGCUAUGUAGAUAUCAAUAAUAAGUGAUAACCGUAUCACCGUAGACUACACCACUGCUGUCAUCCUUACUUACAAGCGUUUAUUCAAAUUGGUUAAUCUUUGGAUGACGACAGCAGUCUCACUAUUGGAAGACAUAGCUUGGACUGUAGCCUACAAAAUCCUAUUCUUGCUCUUUUCCCGCGAUUGAUCAAACUAAUUUGGUGUGUCAUCAUAGUGGUCUCUGAUUUGUGGUCAGACUCGCUCAGGUGGAACAAACUUAAACGUUCGAAUUUUUUCAAUGCUGAUUUGAAUGUCAUUGAGAAAACAGAAGUGUCCGAUUUUUUUUCUCGCAAACAUCCUUUCUGAAUGUAAAAGUAAUCCUCGAAGUAAUCAUCACAUUUUUCAAAAGUAUCCAAUCUGAUUACAAUAUUUUUGCUGAUAAUGUAAAAUGCUGUUUAUUCAGUCUAUGGAGAUGAAUACACAGGGGAUUAGUUGGAGAGCAAGAAGCAUGGUACUACUGUUGCAUGACAUAGCCUACAUUUUGCACACAUAAUUUAUUUUGAGGUAUUAGGCCUAGGUUUAAAGGCGUUGCAUGGUUAACCCCUCCAUCUGCAUUGGCCGUGCAGCAUUUAGGGUGAUAUGGCCUCUGUAGGGCAUUCACACUUCUUGCGCUUCACGGAACAGUGCAGAGCUGUUGUGAAGGAAGUGAGUUUGUGUUUAUACUAGACCUCCCGCCCCCACUUACCAUCAACCAAUCAUGUCAAUGCGGAGCCCUCUGCAUUGUUAAAACAUUUUCGUUAUGCAUGGCGAUGCGGUACAGAGCUCAAUUUGGCAACUGUAUGUCUCAAGAGGUUUGGCAAUGGCGUCACACCAUCCAUUCCGCGCCUCCGACCACCUUUCGGAUCAAGCAUAAAUUCUCUUUUACUGCGUCACCAUUUAGACCCAUGGGCCGUGACUGGUUCUCUCCAUUAAAAAAAAAGAAUCUUUCAACAGGUAAUAAGGAUGUAGCUAUAGGACCUACACUUUUUUCCUUUCCUACUAUACUGUAUCUGAGGGAGAAUGGCUGAAGACAACCAUCACGGAGAGGGCAUGUUUCGUCUAGGUAGAGGAAUAUUACCUUACAUGGAAGUCUCAUGACUGUCACCACGGGUGCGUUCAAGACAAAGUUGAUUUCCAGUGUGUAAAUGGAGAGGUGAGGUAGAUUAAGUAAUUGUAGCCUACAUUUGCAUGCAUCUUUAUUAGUGUAGAUGAGCUGUCCCCAACUUUGACAAUUUGUCUGUAAUUCAAUGAAACACUGAAAUAACGAAAUAUUGCACACAAGUCUGUUACUACUGUGGAAACAGCGAUUAGUUCAUAAAAAAUUGAUUUGGUGAAACAAAGUGAAUGAAUUCAGUUUGGAUUUGUAUGGAUUUGUGUGUAAACUAUAACAGUAUGUCAGGUUUUGAGAUUGGCUUCAACAAAAAUUAGUGAAUCAAGAAAAAAACGGUAUGAAGGCAACUGGAAGUAUGGGCAUGGGAAGUUAUUUUACCUGGACAAAGGUCAGCUUUAUGAGGGCUUCUGGGUGGACGGAGUGGCCAAAUGUGGAACAGUGUCGGACUUUGGAAGAGAAGAGGCAACAACGACAAUAUACACAACUCCUAAGAUUUCACUUAUGAGUAUGUUCAAAGAGAAGCACUUCAGACCCCUCUUAUUUUCAAAGCCAAAGAUGGACUGGGGCUCAGAAUGCCAGACCCGGAGUUCACCGUCAGUGAGAUUAAGGGUUUGGUUGGUAGCCGUCGUGCCGUUGAUGUGAUGGACGUAAGCACUCAGAAAGGCUCUGAGAUGAGCAUGGCCCAGUUUGUCCGCUACUAUGAGACGCCUGAGGAGGAGCGGGACAAACUCUUUAAUGUUAUCAGCCUGGAGUUCAGUCACACCAAACUGGAGAACCUCGUCAAGAGGCCCACUGUGGUGGAUCUAGUGGACUGGGUGGACAACAUGUGGCCCCUUAAACUGAAACAAAGACAAACUGAAGCCACUAAUGUCAUCUCAGAGAUGAAGUACCCCAAAGUACAGAAGUACUGUUUGAUGAGCGUGAAGGGCUGCUAUACUGACUUCCACAUUGAUUUCGGGGGCACGUCUGUGUGGUAUCACGUUUUCAAGGGAGGAAAGGUGUUCUGGCUGGUGCCUCCGACACCUCAUAACCUUGCCCUGUAUGAGGACUGGGUUCUGUCAGGCAAGCAGAGUGACGUCUUCCUUGGAGAUCGUGCAGAUGGCUGCCAGAGAGUUGAGCUAAAACAGGGUUACACCUUCUUCAUCCCCUCCGGCUGGAUUCAUGCAGUCUACACCCCCGAGGACACACUGGUGUUCGGUGGCAACAUUCUGCACAGCUUUAACAUUCCCAUGCAACUCUCAAUCUAUGAGAUAGAGAACAGGACUAAGGUUCAUUCCAAGUUCCGCUACCCGUUCUACAAUGAGAUGUGCUGGUAUGUCCUGGAGAGGUACGUGCACUGCCUGACCAAGCGCUCCUAUCUUGCUCCGGAGUUUCACAGAGAGCCUCUGCUAAUCGAUUUGGAGACGAAGCUGAGCACUGAGAGCCCCUCUGACUCGCCAAGUCAGGACAUGGACGAGGAGGACUCCUGCGAGACGCAGCAGGAACGAGAAGAACGGAGUGACAGGUCAGCAUUUGAUGACCCCUGCUCUCCUGAUAACAGGAAGGGUAAACCCAGCGCCCCUCAGCCUCUCAAAGCUGCCUUGGACGAUAGCUGCAUCCCCACAUCCAUCCAGCCUCCAGAGUUCCCCAAAACCCCCUCUGGUUCGCCAGGCUCAGAGUCUCAGAGUAAAUGGACUCAUUUGACUGAGUUUGAACUGAAGGGCCUUAAGGCCCUGGUGGAGAAGUUGGAAGCACUCCCCGAAAAUAAGAAAUGUGUCCCAGAUGGCAUGGAGGACCCCCAGGCCCUGCUGGAUGACAUGAAGGUUGUCUUGAAGGAACAUGAAGAUGAUGAUCCCAAAAUGGCUGCCACUGGUGUACCUGUGGUGUUCUGGCCCAAGAAGUCUGCCAAGCAGCAGAGACCUCCCAACAGGCCCAAACCCAAAAUGGCGGCCUCGUCUCCUGCGCCUGCGGUCAAGCUGUCGGCCAGCCGGAGCACGUCUGGGGCCCGGAGAAGGAGGACGCGAUGUCGGAAGUGUGAGGCGUGCCUGAGGACAGAGUGUGGAGAAUGCCACUUCUGUAAAGACAUGAAGAAGUUUGGCGGGCCGGGUCGCAUGAAACAGUCCUGCAUCAUGAGGCAGUGUAUCGCGCCUGUCCUGCCACACACUGCGGUGUGUCUGGUGUGUGGGGAGGCAGGGAAGGAGGACACAGUGGAGGAAGAGGAGGACAAAUUUAACCUCAUGCUCAUGGAGUGCUCCAUCUGCAAUGAGAUAGUCCAUCCACUCUGCCUCAAGGUGAAGAAUUCUGGUGGAGUUGUAAAUGAAGAGUUGCCAAACUGCUGGGAGUGUCCAAAAUGCAACCAUGCAGGGAAGACCGGGAAAGCUGUCAAGCAAAAAAGAGGACCAGGAUUCAAGUACGCGUCCAACCUUCCCGGGUCGCUGCUGAAGGACUCGCGAUUGAACCGUGACGUUAAGGAAGAGUCCGACCUGCCCAGUGUGCCAACAUCACCCACUGCAGUGAAGAGGAAGGUAGAGCGUGAUGACACCCCCAAGAGGAAAGCAGAGGAAUAUCCUCCUCUGAAGAAACGUUCUCCCAUGUUGUCUCUGGGCGGGCUACCUCAUCCCCGACCCAGGCCUGAGGACAACCCUCUGAGGAAGAAGAGGAAGCUGUUCGACAUCAAAGAUGAGGACGAGCCUCCUGUUGUCAAGAAAAAGAAGAAGCCCCCAAAACCCGAUGACACCUUCACCUCCAAGCUGUUACAGCCCAUCAAGCAAGAGAAAGUUGAUGAGGACGAAGACCAUGAAGAUGACAGAUACACAGGGGACAGGGUUGCAGCUAAAGGGAAAAGAGAAGAGGAUGAAGAUGAGGAGGAAGAAGAGGAGAAAGAUGGUGUAGAGGACAGUAAAGACGGUAAAGUAAAGACUAUGCUGAGUCCACUGUUACGGACGUCUGCAGCCAGAGAGAGUGACCAGUCCUGCUCCAGCUCUCCCCGGGCAGGGCCCAGCAGUGAGGGGGGCGAUGCCCCAGAGAAGACACUUGGCCAGCUGAAGGCACACCAGCGACGCCGCCUACCCAACAAAGAGCUGAGCAAGGAGCUGAGCAAAGAGCUCAACCUGGAGAUCCAGAAGACCGAGGACUGCUUGGCCAAUCAGAACCGCAGACCACUGAAGGGGGAGAACAGCCCAACCAAUAACAACCGUCGACCACUGAAGACUGAGGACUCUAUCAAUCAGAACCGCAGACCACUAAAAACAGAGGACUCCCCCACCAAUCAUAACCGCAGGCCAAUUAAGACUGAGGAUGGCCUAUCCAAUCACAACCGUCGACCAUUGAAGACCGAGGACAGCUUGGCCAAUCAGAACCACAGGCCAAUGAAGACAGAGCCUGAGAGUGACGGGGAGGAGCAUAAGCCCAAGCGGCCACUCGACAACGGCAGCAGUGACCUCGGAGACUGGCUCCACCCCAGGGGGCGGGAGGUGAACGGGACGCCCCGCCAGCUCUCGCCCCUGGGGUGGAACCGCAGCUCUCCGAUCACACCUAUUUGCCCACGCCCCCCUCCCUGCCACUCACCGUCCAAGUGUGUACAGAUGGAGCGUCACGUGAUCCGGCCGCCUCCCAUCAGCCCCCCGCCAGACAGACUUCCCCUGGAUGACGGACAGGCCCACGUGAUGCGCAGGGAGGUGUGGAUGGUCGUGUUCGGCCACCUCGCACACAGAGACCUGUGUGUCUGCAUGCGCGUCUGCAAGACCUGGAACAGAUGGUGCUGUGAUAAGAGACUGUGGACGCAGAUCGAUCUGAACCGCUGUAAGUCCAUCACUCCCCUCAUGCUGAGUGGCAUCAUCCGCAGACAGCCUGUGGCUCUGGACCUCAGCUGGACCAACAUCUCCAAGAAGCAGCUCAGCUGGCUCAUCAACAGACUGCCAGGUCUGCGGAUGCUGCUGCUCUCAGGCUGCUCCUGGGUGGCUGUGUCUGCCCUCUGCACCGCCAGCUGCCCACUGCUGCGGACCCUGGACGUCCAGUGGGUAGAGGGUCUCAAAGACGCCCAGAUGAGGGAUCUGCUCUCACCCCCCACAGACAACAGACCAGGUCAGCUGGACAACAGGAGUAAGCUGCGAAAUGUGGUGGACCUGCGUCUGGCCGGGCUGGACAUCACGGACACCUCUCUGCGCCUCCUCAUCCGCUACAUGCCCCAGCUGACCAGACUGGACCUGAGCUACUGCAACCAUGUUACUGACCAGUCAGUCAACAUCCUGACUGCUGCAGGGACCACCACCAGAGACUCGCUCACUGACAUCAACCUCUCCGUGUGCAACAGAAUCACGGACCAGUCCCUGACCUACUUCAAGCGCUGUGGAAGCAUCUGUCAUAUUGACUUGCGAUACUGCAAGCAGGUGACCAAAGAGGGCUGCGAGCAAUUCAUUGCUGAGAUGUCAGUGAGUGUACAGUUUGAACUAGUAGAGGAGAAACUACUGCUGAAACUCAGCUAGUGGACAAACAGCAGGUUGACGAAGACUGUACUGUAUGCACUGGCUAGCUAGGACACUCGUUAGAAUAAGGAACUGGCAAGGGUGAUGUUAUCACCAUGGAGACGGUGUUGUACUUCACGCAUCUCUGUGCAAAAAACAACUCACAUCGGAAAUGGCAUAAGACAUUUUAAUAGUGACUGUUGCCCUGAUACUCAUUGAAUGGCUAUUGUGCUGCUGAAGAAAGAAUGUUUUCCAGAACAGGAUGUUCAACAUGAAAGGCAGGACACCUGGCUGUCCUGGAAAUUUGACAGCGCAUGUUUUUUUUUUUUCUUUGUUUGUCUUUGCUAAGAUAUUGAAGUAUUUAAUUUUUUCUUUCUGCAAGUGAACUCUAUAAAUACAUACAUACAUAUAUACAGUUGAAGUCGGAAGUUUACAUACACCUUAGCCAAAUACAUUUAAACUCAGUUUUUCACAAUUCCUGACAUUUAAUCCUAGUAAUAAUUCCCUGUCUUAGGUCAGUUAGGAUCACCACUUUAUUUUAAGAAUGUGAAAUGUCAGAAUAAUAGUAGAGAGAAUUAUUUAUUUCAGCUUUUAUUUCUUUCAUCACAUUCCCAGUGGGUCAGAAGUUUACAUACACUCAAUUAGUAUUUGGUAGCUUUGCCUUUAAACUGUUUAACUUUGGUCAAAUGUUUUGGGUAGCCAUCCACAAGCUUCCCACAAUAAGUUGGGAGAAUUUUGUCCCAUUCCUCCUGACAGAGCUGGUGUAACUGAGUCAGGUUUGUAGGCCUCCUUGCUCGCAGACGCUUUUUCAGUUCUGCCCACAAAUUUUCUAUAGGAUUGAGGUCAGGACUUUGCGAUGGCCACUCCAAUACCUUGACUUUGUUGUCCUUAAGCCAUUUUGCCACAACUUUGGAAGUAUACUUGGGGUCAUUGUCCAUUUGGAAGACGCAUUUGCGACCAAGCUUUAACUUCCUGACUGAUGUCUUGAGAUGUUGCUUCAAUAUAUCCACAUAAUUUCCCUUCCUCAUGAUGCCAUCUAUUUUGCGAAGUGCACCAGUCCCUCCUGCAGCAAAACACCCCCACAACAUGAUGCUGCCACCCUUGUGGUUCACGGUUGGGAUGGUGUUCUUCGGUUUGCAAGCCUCCCCCUUUUUCUUCCAAACUAAAGAUGGUCAUUAUGGCCAUUCGGUUCUAUUUUUGUUUCAUCAGACCAGAGGACAUUUCUCCAAAAAGUACGAUCUUUGUCUCCAUGUGCAGUUGCAAACCGUAGUCUGGCUUUUUUAUGGCGGUUUUGGAGCAGUGGCUUCUUCCUUGCUGAGCGGCCUUUCAGGUUAUGUCGAUAUAGGACUCGUUUUACUGUGGAUAUAGAUACUUUUGUACCUGUUUCCUCCAGUAUCUUCACAAGGUCCUUUGCUGUUGUUCUGAAAUUGAUUUGCACUUUUCGCACCAAAGUACGUUAAUCUCUAGGAGACAGAACGCGUCUCCUUCCUGAGCGGUAUGCCGGCUGCGUGGUCCCAUGGUGUUUAUACUUACAUACUAUUGUUUGUACAGAUGAACGUGGUACCUAAGUGUAUGUAAACCUCCGACUUCAACUAUAUAAAAUCAUUUUGGAAUUAUGUUAGCACAGCUGAAAACUGUUGUGCUGAUUUAAAGAAGCAAUACAACUGGCCUUCUUUAGGCUAGUUGAGUAUCUGGAGCAUCAGCAUUUGUGGGUUCGAAUAUACAGGCUCAAAAUGGCCAGAAACCAAGUACUUUCUUCUGAAACUCGUCAGUCUAUUCUUGUUCUGAGAAAUGAAGGCUAUUCCAUGCGAGAAAUUGAAAAGAAACUGAAAAUCUUGUAUAACGCUGUGUACUACUCCCUUCACAGAACAGAGCAAACUGGCACUAACCAGAAUAGAGAGGAGUGGGAGGCCCCGGCGCACAACUGAGCAAGAGGACAAGUACAUUAGAGUGUCUAGGUUGAGAAACAGAUGCCUCACAAGUCCUCAACUGGCAGCUUCAUUAAAUUGUACCCGCAAAACACCAGUCUCAACGUCAACAGUGAAGAGGCGACUCCAGGAUGCUGGCCUUCUAGGCAGAGCGGCAAAGAAAAAGCCAUAUCUCAGACUGGCCAAUAAAAAUAAAAGGUUAAGAUGGGCAACAGAUCACAGACACAAGACAGAGGAACUCUGCCUAGAAGACCAGCAUCCCGGAGUCGCCUCUUCACUGUUGCCGUUGAGACUGGUGUUUUAAAAAAACAAGGACAUUUUUAAGUGACCCCAAACUUUUGAACGGUAGUGUAUGUAUGUACACACACACACACACACACACACACACACACACUGAGUGAAAAAAACAUUAGGAACACCUUCCUAAUAUGGAGUUGCACCCUUUUGCCCUCAACAGCCUCAUUACGUUGGGGACUCUACAAGGUGUCAAGUUUUCUCCAAUGCUUCCUACAGUUCUGUCAAGUUGGCUGGAUGUCCUUUGGGUGGUGGACCAUUCUUGAUACACACGGGAAACUGUUGCGUGUGAAAAACCCAGCAGCAUUGCAGUUCUUGACUCACUCAAACUGGUGUGCCUGGCUCCUACUACAAUAACCUUUUGAAAGGCACUUAAAUCUUUUGUCUUCCCGUUCCCCGUCUGAAUGGCACACGUACACAAUCCAUGCCACAAUUGUUGCAAGGCUUAGAAAUCAUUCUUUAACGGGUCUCCUCCCCUUCAUCUACACUGAUUUGAAGUGGAUUUAACAUCACAUUAAUAAGGUACCAUAGCUUUCACCGGGAUUCACCUGGUCAGUCUGUCAUUGAAAGAGCAGGUGUUCUCUUUCUAUGAGGAAUGAUUGUUUUGGGUUAAAAACCACUCCAGGCCACUCUUGAACAUCUAAAACUAUAUAGAUAUUAUAAUGGGCCGAUAUAUUUUCAAAUAACUGCCUUUUUUUCCUGACCUGCAAAUUUGCUUUUGACGAACAAACAUAUCAGUCCGAAAAUAAAUCUGUGCGGCUCAACGUUUAAUUUUGAAAAGCUGAUGUGGCCCUCGAGCCAAAAUGAUUGGCCAGCCCUGGUGUACACAAUGGUCAUGUUUUUCUAAUUCUUUUCAUUAUUUUAUUUUGUUGCAAUGCACCGUUUCUACAUUAUACAGAACAAUGUUUUUUUAUCAGAAAGUGUUUCAUACUUUUGUGCAGUACUGAAUUCACUGAUUUACAUGUACCAUUUUGAUUGAAUAGUGUCAAUCUGCCUCAGUUUGUUUUUUAUUAUUUAGACUCAAACCUUCUCUGAAGAUUUAUGCCAAUAGAGCAUUAGCUUGUUUUCUGUGCAGGUGUUUUAUAUUGUAUUUAUUUAAUUGCUGCUAUUUCAUUUUGAUAUGUGUAUUUGUCUGUACACAGGUACUUUCUCCUUUCCAUAGAACAGUUGUUUUACUCCACUUCAAUUUCUAAAUAUUUGACUCCACUUCAAUUUCUAAAUAUCUAUAAAAAUCGAUUUCCACUUUGACAAUUUUUUAAAUAUUACUGUACUUUCCCAGGUUUAUCAAGCCAGUGUGAGUUGGCACCAGUGACCGUUUGCUAGAGGAAGCAUCAUGAGACUGAUUUAAAGUCUACGACUUGCAUACCAAGAUUCUGUCAAUCAGUCUCCAUAUACUAGGCUGGUGACAUUACCAUACUGUUUUUAAUUGUAUUUAUUUUUAAAAAGGGAUUCUCACACCUAUAGAUGCAGGUUUUAAAGACAUGCUCCUGAACUUUGCCGACUAGUGAGUCUUUUUUAAACCUCCCACUUUCGACUGAAUGUGUCAAUGCCGUUCAUACAUGCAUAAUCUAUGAACAGAAUUACUGUUCCACGAAAUCGCUAGUUUUAAAGCGACUGUUAACUGGAAACUGUAGGCUCUGCCAUUUUCCCCCACGUGGGCUAGCCCCCUAGCAAUUUGAGCUUCAGCCCCUCGCAAUCAAAUUGUAUUUGUCACGUGCGCCGAAUACAAUGGUUGUAGACUUAACCGUGAAAUGCUUGAGCGACAGCUAGCAAGAUGCACACAUAAUAGAGCGAGAGAGAGAGCAAUGAUGUGGUGCACAUAUCUGAUGUGGUAUGCAGUUUUCGGGGACCAGUUUUAUCUUCUGAGCGCUACUUUCAGAACUACUGGCUAAAAAGUAUACAAAAGUACUGGAGAAUCUCUUUAACCAGACACAGUAUAGUAUGUGUAUAAUAAUAACCUGCAUACACAAGUAAAGCCACUACUUACUACUGGUGUAAUAUAAGUAAAGCCACUACUUACUACUGGUGUAAUAUAAGGAAUGUAGUUAGUUACCUGUCAGACACUGACCGUACAGUUCCCCAGUUUGUAUUUAACGCGUGUUAAUUACAGGAAAUAACAAAAGUAUGGCUACUGGGGGGUCCUAAUGUGUAUAUACAUAUACUUCUUUUGUAUGAGGACAGGUCUAUCUACCAACCAUGUCUUCCCUGUGCAGUUGGGAAAUAUUUUAGUACUAGUAUGUCAUUGGUUCAACUGUAUAUACUGUAUAGAGAACUGUUUGUGACUUGAGUUACUAAAAAUUAAUUCUAAAUACUGAACUCUCUAUUUUUGGUCAUGUUUCCACGAUUGUCUUAAUUUAUCUUUUUGGUCAUGUUUAUAAGCAUUGUGUGCAAUAUGUAAACAAAACAUUUGUGAAAUAUGUUUAAAGUAUGUCAUAUCUUGGAAUAUCUAUUAACGGUUUUUACAUUCUGAAAUAAAGACCUUAAACAUCAA